GUAUUCACAUGGUACCUCAUAUAAUACUAGUACAUACCAACAUUAUGGGACCUCUUUGGAAGCCAGAUAAAAUGAGUAGAAGUGAUAUAGUAUCAAAAUGUAGACGUUAGUCAGGGAAGCGCCAUAUUUAGUGUUUGACCGGGAUGAAACCGAGGCUGUGCGGGACUGAAGUACCUGUGUUCAGUGGACUGGACUGAAGAAACGUGUUGUUAAAAGCCGUGAGAUGAUGAUUACGCAAUCACAGCCCUGACGACACGCGCAUCUCAGAGACGUCUGGAAGAUGUUUGCUCAUCUGCUAUACGACGUCAAAUAGAUGUUUAUGAUGUAAAACUGAUGUCUCAGAGACGUCUGGAAGAUGUUUGUACACGUGCGAUCAUUUUAAACGGUGCGUUUGUCCCUCACAGCCUCGUUUUCAUCCGUUCGUUACCGACUAAGUAAUCUAGGUCAGGUAAGUCGCCGCAGGUCGAGAGGGAUUUCUCUUCACGUCUGUCCUGUCCUCAUGUGUUUGCCGUUCUGAUGUCUUGUGGAUUCUCACCGUCUCUGUGUUGCUCCCACAGCAAGCGAGGGUUCGACGUGCGUUCCUUCGGCACGGGAACCCACGUGAAGCUCCCAGGACCCGCUCCGGACAAACCCAACAUUUACGACUUCAAAACCACUUACGAGCAGAUGUACAACGACCUGGUCCGUAAAGACAAGGAGCUAUACACACAGAACGGGAUCUUGCACAUGUUAGACCGCAACAAGCGCAUUAAGACGCGGCCCGAGCGCUUCCAGAGCUGCAAAGAGCAGUUUGACCUGGUGAUCACGUGUGAGGAGCGUGUGUACGACCAGGUGCUGGAGGACCUGAACUCUCGUGAGCAGGAGACCUUUCAGCCCGUGCACGUCAUCAACGUGGACAUCCAGGACAACCACGAGGAGGCCACGCUGGGGGCCUUCCUCAUCUGCGAGCUCUGCCAGUGUGUGAGUACAGACCCCAACACCUGGAGUUACUCAUACCAGUUUAAUAAAAUCAUUCUGGACGAAUUGAUUGUGCUCAUGUUUCAUGCAUUCUGUUAAAAAAACCGUUUUCCUCCCCCAACAGUUUACAGUUUAA